UGCCAACCGCCUACUCAACUCAAAGAAGAAGAAGAAACCCCAAGAAGAACGCGAGAACUGAGCCCGGGAUUUGGUAAGUCCGGGGUUUUCAUUCAUCGUUCCGAGGUUAGAAGAUGGCCACCCCAGAGGUACGGCUUAACCAUACGAUCUACAUCAACAACCUGAAUGAGAAAAUUAAGAAAGAUGAGUUGAAAAAGUCGCUGUACGCCAUCUUCUCACAGUUUGGACAGAUUUUGGACAUCUUGGUCGCACGAAACUUGAAGAUGAAGGGCCAAGCGUUUGUUAUUUUCAAAGAGGUCAACAGUGCUUCCAAUGCUCUGAGAUCCAUGCAGGGAUUUCCUUUCUACGACAAACCCAUGCGUAUCCAGUAUGCCAAGCAGGACUCGGACAUCAUAGCUAAAAUGAAGGGAACUUAUGUGGAGCGUGACCGUAAAAAGGAGAAGAAGAAGAUCAAGGGAGCUGAUGGAGCAGGAGCUAAGAAGGGGGUACCUGGAGCUGCUGCAUCCAUGGUUGCUGGGGUCCCUGCUGCCAUGCCUGGAAUGCCUCCCAUGAGCCAGGCUCCCCGUAUGAUGCACAUGCCAGGCCAGCCGCCUUAUAUGCCCCCUCCUGGCAUGAUGCCUCCUCCAGGGAUGGCACCUGGCCAGAUGCCCCCUGGUGCCAUACCUCCUGGCCAGAUGAUGCCCGGACAGAUGCCUGGACAAAUGCCCCAGCAGGUUGCAGAAAAUCCUCCCAAUCACAUCCUGUUCCUCACCAACCUGCCUGAAGAGACAAACGAACUCAUGCUCUCCAUGCUCUUCAACCAGUUCCCCGGGUUCAAGGAGGUGCGUCUGGUUCCUGGUCGUCACGAUAUCGCCUUUGUGGAAUUUGACAAUGAAGUGCAGGCAGGCGCUGCACGAGAUGCACUACAAGGCUUUAAGAUCACACAAGCAAAUGCCAUGAAGAUAUCAUUCGCUAAGAAAUAACACCUCAAGACCCCUUUUUUUUAUUUUUCCCCUUUUUCUUACCUCCACACACACACGGGUCUUUGUACAGCAGUGACCUGAACUAAGAAAUUUUUUUGUAGAACUUGACAGUUGUGGAUCAGAACUGUGUUUCUCCAUCCAGGAUUAGAUGUAAGUAUACGUUUGUUUUUGCAUAACGUUGGGUUGUUCUGUAGAACUGCUGACGUAAAAUGGAAGAGAGGUAAAUUGAUGGAGAAGUUCUGCGUCCUGCUGGAAUUUCACAAAGGUAUCACAGCUGGUUUGCUUUUUACUUUUAUUUGUUGUUUUUUUGUUAAUUGUUUUAAUUGUCAUAAAGCAUUGCACCCAGAGUCUGGUCUACCAGAUAUUGUACCUGGAGCUUUUUUCAUUUUAUAAUUAAAACUUUCCUUUGAGA